AUGUCACCUUCAGUACAAUAUUUCCAAAGUGUUUUACAGAAUGUCACGAUUUAUAUUGGUUUAUUUGCAGUGAUAGGAGGUUUCUUUGGCAAUAUAUUAAAUAUAAUUAUUUUCUCAUCAUUAAAAACAUUUCGAGAAACAUCAUGCGCACUUUAUUUAACCGUGGCAUCAACGGUUAAUAUAUGUCAUAUUCUAGCAGCUCUGUUAUCUCGUGUUCUUAUUGCUGGUUUUACAAUAGAUUUAACAGCAACAUCGACCAUCCUCUGUAAACUACGGCAAUGUGUUGGCGGUAUUGGUCCACUUAUCUCUUUAACAUGUAUGUGUGCAGCAACCAUUGAUCAAUUUCUGUCUAUGACUAUUCGUUGGCGUCAUCUUAGUCAUCGAUAUACAGCUUGGCGUUUGGUUAUAUUUGCUUUAAUUUUUUGGUGUUUAUAUGGCAUUCUUUUUCUUAUCUAUUAUGAUAGUGUUUUAUCGCCAAUUACUGGAAAUCGAACAUGUACAAUCACAAAUGCAAUUUUUGGUCAUUAUUUUAAUCAAUUUCAUAUACCAUUUUUACUUGGAUUUAUUCCAUUAACUAUUCGAAUUAUUUUUGGUCUUCUGGCUUUUAUUAGUGUACGGAAAAUAUCUCAUCGUCAAACCCCGAUUGUUCGUCUGGAACGUGAUAAACAAUUAACAUCCAUGGUUUUGAUUCAAACUUUAGUUGAUAUUGUUUUAUCUUUUCCAUUUUUUAUCUAUUAUACAUAUUCUACUUAUACACCGAGUUUAAAUCCAGCCGUUUCAGUUUAUAGUUCAAUGCUUAUAGGCGUAACAAAUACUAUUUAUUAUACAACUUUUUCAUUUGGAUUUUAUAUUUAUUGUUGUUCAUCAUCACGAUUUCGGAAACAACUCAUAUAUGUACUUGUUGAUGUUCAUUUGAAGUAUUGGUGUGGUAUUAAUCGUCAAAAAAAUAAUAAUCGUGUAGACGUACAACAGGACGAAAAUCAAAUGACUUCAUAUAAAGAAUGCAAUCAGAUUUAA